UUUGGUAGUGAUACUGUAAGUGAUAAAAGACUUAAAGUUUAUAUCUGAUGCUUUUCUUAUAGCAAUAUUGCUGUAUUGGUAUGCAACAUUAGAUAUUAAAAACAAAUAGUCAUUAGUCAGUGUGACACUUUUUAGCUAGUGAUGUCCAAAUUAAUUUGGCAUUAUUUGGAGGCCAGCUGUUUUGCUUUGCAUUUUCUGAUAUGUGCUGUUACUUCCAGAGUGUUCAAGAGGGGAAAAAAAAAGUCUGUAGGAGGGAAAUGAUUAAACAAGCUUCAGCUGUUUUUUCCCCUUUGAAUGGACCUCUUUCAUCAGGAUAUGUUAGGACAAGUGCUUUUUCAAGCCAGGAUAUCAGUGGAAGACACAGUGUUCUCAAAAUAUCAUCCAGUUCCUGGGUAGCAUCAACGGACAAGAGAUUUCUCUGCUUCUCCCAGAAUAUGCGGUCUUUCUUUCUUUCUUUCUUUCUUUCUUUCUUUCUUUCUUUCUUUCUUUCUUUCUUUCUUUCUUUCUUUUUCUUUUUCUUUUUCUUUUUCUUUUUCGGGUUUAGAAUAAAAAGAAUCUUAAGUGAGAGCUUUUUCAUGGUGAAAGGAGCAGCGCUUUUCUUGCAACAGGGAAACAGUCCACAAGCCCAGCGGAGUCUGCAGCAUCCUCACAAACAUGCAGGUGACUUGCCCCAGCACCUUCAAGUGAUGAUCAACCUUCUGCGCUGUGAGGACAGAAUCAAAUUGGCUGUGCGCUUGGAAAGUGCGUGGACAGACCGAGUCAGGUACAUGGUCGUUGUGUAUAGCAGUGGGCGACAAGACACAGAAGAAAACAUUUUACUGGGAGUGGACUUUUCCAGCAAGGAAAGUAAAAGCUGCACUAUCGGGAUGGUCCUGCGUUUGUGGAGUGAUACCAAGAUACAUCUUGAUGGAGAUGGUGGAUUUAGUGUGAGCACUGCAGGGAAGAUGCAUAUCUUCAAACCAGUUUCUGUGCAAGCUAUGUGGUCUGCCCUGCAGAUCCUUCACAAAGCCUGCGAGGUUGCACGGAGGUACAACUACUUCCCAGGUGGAAUGGCCUUAGUCUGGGCCACAUACUAUGAAAGCUGCAUCUGUUCAGACCAGAGUUGCAUCAAUGAAUGGAACACAAUGCAGGACCUGGAAUCGACACGCCCUGAUUCUCCAGCAUUAUUUGUUGACAAGCCAACUGAGGGGGAAAGAACAGAGCGAUUCAUUAAAGCCAAACUCCGAAGUAUCAUGAUGAGCAAAGACUUGGAAAAUGUGACCUCCAAAGAAAUACGAAAUGAGCUGGAGAAGCAGAUGAAUUGCAACUUGAAAGAAUUCAAGGAAUUUAUAGACAAUGAAAUGCUGCUUAUUCUGGGGCAGAUGGACAAGCCAUCUCUGAUUUUUGAUCAUCUGUAUCUGGGGUCUGAGUGGAAUGCCUCCAACCUGGAAGAGCUUCAAGGCUCAGGCAUCUACUACAUUUUAAAUGUCACAAGGGAGAUCGACAAUUUUUUUCCUGGUCUUUUUGCCUAUCAUAAUAUUCGGGUGUACGACGAGGAGACAACAGACCUCCUGGCUCACUGGAACGAGGCAUACCAUUUCAUAAACAAAGCAAAGAAAAAUCAUUCUAAGUGUCUGGUACACUGCAAAAUGGGUGUUAGCCGAUCUGCGUCUACGGUUAUCGCUUAUGCAAUGAAGGAAUUUGGCUGGUCCUUGGAAAAAGCCUAUAAUUAUGUGAAGCAAAAACGCAGCAUUGCAAGACCAAAUGCAGGCUUCAUGAAACAGCUGUUGGAAUAUGAAGGGAUUUUAGAUGCAAGCAAACAACGUCAUAACAAGCUGUGGAAGCAACAAGCAGAGAGCAACCUACCCCAGAAUGCAGAUGAUUCUAUGGGGCCCAGCGACUUCCUACUCGAUAGUUUAGACAUUGAUCUAGAAAACCGCCUAUCUGAUUUGGAUGCGUCUUCACAGUCCACAUACUUGGACAACAGAGACAAUACAGAGGCGGGGGGGUUUCACUACUGCUUCCAGCGCCUGCUGGAGAACAAGCUGCCCAGUGACAGGGAAAUAUUUUUCCAGGAAGAGGAUCUGGAACAAGAUGUACUAUUAGAGCAAGCCAAUUUGCUGGUGGGUCCAGCUCCUUCAGGUCCUUCUGAGGCUACAGCGGAGACAGUGAAGGCCAAGGAGAAAGUGGAACCAUUGGCAGAGCUGAGCAGUUGCUGUGAGAAGGGAGUGAAGACAUUGGAGCCCAGCAUGCCAAAGGGGAGGAACAUGCCCAGCCAUGCGGAUCAAGGGAAGGAGAGCAUCAGGGAGGAAAAUACUAUGGAGAGAUGGAAGCGACGCUUGUCUGUGCACAAGGAGGAGAACGUAUUGAACAGAGAGAACCUGAAUAACAACAACAGCAAGAGGAGCUGCCCAGAGGAGUUCGAGCGUGAUGCCAUAUUUGGGAUCCUCAGUAAAGUCAAGCCUUCCUACCAUUCAUGCACUGACUGCAUGUAUUCCUCAGCCAGUGCCUCUACUGAAGUCUCAGAGGAGCAGCAUGAGACACUGAAUCCAGCCACCACAUGCUGCACUUCUACAAUCUGCACUCAGCCUUCUCUCUUCUCCCAAGUGGCUUCUAACUUGUCAAACCAAAUGGCCAGCAAAUCACUGCCUGGGGAAGUAAUAAGGGCUAAAAAUGAUUGUUUGUCUCCACUGCUGCAGGGAGCUAGUGCUUCAGGUGGCAUCUGCAAAUCUGUGGUGGAUCAGAAUUGCAGUAUUUCUGGAAAGUCAAAAGAUGCACCAAAAUCACCUGUCAGAGCAUUGCUUGCUAAGAGAAAGUCUCACUGUGAGAAGAGCCCUCUGAAUCCAGAAGUGAUGAAGGAAGAGUCUCCACCCAGAAAAGAUGUCAGACCAACAAAGGACGUUAGGUACUUGCUGUUUAGUAAAGAUUUGGAAAAGCCAACCUCAAGCAGUUAUUUGAUGCAGCAUCAAGAAUCUCUUAUUCAGCUUCAAAAAGCUGGCUUAGUUAGGAAGCAUACGAAAGAACUGGAGCGUCUGAAAAGUGUACCGUUGGAAUCCUUUUCACAGGUAAGAGAGAGCUCUGUGAGCAGGAUUGAUGUUAGCAUACCAGAGGAAAACCAAGAUUUGACUUCGCACCAAGGCCCAGUGUCUUUUCUGGGUCCAGCACCUUUAAUAUCUGAAGACACAGAGAAUGAUGUAGAGAAGUUAGAGGCCAAAAACCCCUUACAGGGAUUGUCUCAGAAAACCUCCACACCUGUGGUGUGCAGGCUGGAGCACAUGAGCAGUUACACUAAGGACUUUCUGAAGACCAUAUGCUAUACGCCGUCAUCUUCCAGGAGCUCCAACUUGACGCGCAGUUCUAGUAGUGAUAGCAUACACAGUGUGCAUGGGAAACCUGGCCUGGUGAAACAGCGAGCUCAGGAAAUUGAAACCAGACUACGGCUUGCUGGUUUGACUGUUUCUUCCCCUCUGAAGAGAUCCAAUUCUCUUGCCAAGCUAGGGUGUCUUAACUUGUCUUCUGAUGACUUGUCAAGUGACAUGGACAUGUCAACACUAAUGAACUCAAAAGAGGCCAAAUCAAGCGAGUCUUCCAUGCUUUGCGAAUCACAGUCCUCUCUGAGGAGUGUGGAUGUAAGCUCCAAAUUGCUAGCCGAUUCGGCCACAGGAAACUUGGAGAGCACAUUUUGGAAGGGCAAAAGUUGACAUGGUCUGGGUUUGUGUGUGUAUGGUUAUUUUAAUCAGCAUUAACCCAGUGCAAUUUUAUCAUCUGAAACAAAAUAGUUCAUCUGAUACAACCUCUUUACCCCGUUUUUUAUGUGGUAACUGAGGAGAAAGAGGGACAUAACUCAGAAAAGUGAAUGGCACAAGGAGUAAAACAUAUUGCAUGGCUUGGAAGAGGAUGCAGUGUGUGAACUGCCUGCUAUUUCUAUAGGACAAUAUUCCCAGUACUGUUUGCCAAGUAUAGUAAUGUUAAAAUAUAUAUAAUGUAAAAAAAUGCUGACAAUACUGUUUCCAAGUCUCAACAAAAGACACAGCAUUUUUUUUUUAAUUUUGCAAAAGAAACCUAGCACGCGUCUCUAGUUUAAACAGCAACUUGUGGAAAAUCCUGUA